AUGGCUUUUCUCGAGGUCCAAAAUGUACCACAAGCGUGGUCUUUGGGCUCUCAAGGACAAAAACGGCGGCGUCUUCCCUCGCCACGAUGCGAAGCCGGCAGCCGAGACCCAUCCUUAGAAGCCGCCCAAGUUCUACCCCGCCGACGACGUCAAGAAACCCCUCGUCAACAAACGCGAGCCCAGGCCCACCAAUCUCAGGGACCGCGAUUGUAUUGGCUGGAAGGUUUAAGGGAAAGAGAGUUGUUUUUCUUAAGCAGCUUUCAUCUGGGCUACUUCUUGUUACUGGCCCCUUUAAAAUUGAGACGUGUAAAUCAGUCUUACGUGAUUGCCACUUCUACCAAGGUUGACAUUUCUGGGUUGAAUGUCGAAAUAUUUGAUGAAAAAUAUUUUGCUAAGGAAGUUGAAAAGAAGAAGAAGAAGGGAGAGGGAGAGUUUUUUGAGGCUGAGAAAGAGGAGAAGAAUGUGAUCCCACUAGGAAAGAAAGGCGAUCAGAAGAGUGUGGAUGCUUCCUUGAUAAAGUCCAUUGAAGCUGUCCCAGACUUGAAGACGUACUUGGCGGCGAGAUUCUCUCUCAAGGCUGGCAUGAAGCCUCAUGAGCUUGUCACUUGGCUAUUAUCUUAUAAACUACUCCAGAUAACUUUCUGCACGUCGGCCUGUUUUUACUCUUCAGAUUGUCAACUAGCUCCUGAUUACUACUGCCUUCGCCACAUACAAAACAGCAAGUGAAAUCCAUAGGAAAUGAACAGGGGAUCAUUCGAAAUCAGCGAAUUUAGUGUAUUAAUGAGUUCGGAUCAUCAACAAAACAACCAGCAGUCGAUUCACUACAGCGGAGAAACGAAAACCCUCUCAACCCGGCUUGACAAUAAAUCCUCUGAUCGAAUACAGCAACGACCCAAAAUUUUAUCUUCUGCAAAAAUGCUCUCUGCCUGCCAAGGCAAUUCCGAACUCAUUUAUUGAAUCACCAACUUCCGGUGUGAUGGUAUGUUUUCCUCUGUCGAAGUUUAUGACUAACAUGUGAUUUGCUCGGAAAGAAAAGCUUAGUUUCACAUGA